AUGGGUCAGGCCCCUCGAAAGGGCCCAGCAUGGUGGCACAGGCAUCUCGAAAUUGCUGGUCAGGUCUUCUUCUGGUGCUGGUACGGUUACGGAAUCGUAUACAGGUUGAUUCCCAGCAACAUGGAUCGGUUGGUGUUCGUCAUUGUCAGCCAUGUCACCGUACUCCCCCUCCAUGUCCAGAUCACCCUUUCGCACUUUGCCAUGAGCACCGUCGACCUCGGACCGCAGGAAUCCUUUCCCCAGAAAAUGCUCCGGACCACGAUGGACAUCGACUGUCCCAGAUGGCUCGACUUUUUCCACGGAGGCUUGCAGUUCCAAGUGAUUCAUCGUCUCUUCCCCCGCAUCCCUCGACACAAUCUCCGCCGUGCGCAAAAGUUGGUACAAGAGUUCUGCAACGAUGUGGGCAUCCCCUAUGCCCUAUACGGUUUCGUGGAAGGGAGCGAGAAGGUCGUCGAUGCUCUUGGAGAAGUGUCAAGGAAGGCUGCCAUAUUUGCAAAGUGUCAGAGGGAAGUCGCAAGCCGCGGCUUUGAUCUUUCAGCACAUAAACACUGA